GUUAAAACACGGUCACUCUCGUGCCUGUUGGUGAUGUUCAGUCAGCAGGUUGGUGCGCACUGGCUGACAGCAGCACCCACUCAGUGGUAUGUCUUCGCCGUGUGUGUAUCAGCUCGCGCUCUGCCCCGGGAUGAGUUUUGACCAUCAGCUGUGAGAGCGACGCGGAGGUAGCCUCUAUUGUGGAAGCACGCGGGGCGGGCUGCACAUCGAUCCACACACCUGCUGGCUGGCAAACUGGCUGGACGGAUGGAAAUAGAUGGAGGAACUUGCGCCGCAAUCGAGCGAUUGCUUCACCUCCUCUCGUGUUCCACGGGGGAGCGCGCCUGUAAGCUGAUUUAACCCGGGGGGAUGUGAAUAACUCUCCGGGAUUAGAAGGUUAUUGGGUGAACGACGACAAUGCUCCGCGGCUCGGCCCGGCACUCCCGCCUAUUGUUCGCGCGGCGGCGGACGCACCGUGCCCGGUCUCCCUCCGAUCGUCUCCUCUAGCUGCGCCUCGCCUCCCCGGUGUGGAUACGGAUAAUAUGACUUCCUGGCUCCGCACAUACGUCAGCGUCCCUCUCUGUCUCCUGUUGGUGUGUCUCUGCGCAGUGGAAGCCUCCGGUGCCGGUGACAGUGUUUGUUGGUCUCCCACUAUCUCUUCUUGUGCAGAGUGUCUCAGACGAGGCCCGCAGUGUGCCUGGUGCUUCAAGGAGGACUUUCUGGAUGGGACGGGCCCGAGCCAGCGCUGCGACCUGUUGGAGAAGCUGCUGCAUAAGGGAUGUGAAGCGGACUUUAUGGAGCGGUCAGAGGUGAAGGUGGAGGUCAAUGCCACUAUCAGCAGCACACAAGUGUCACCACGGGACAUCAGCAUCAACCUCAGACCAGGUUUGGAGGCGAGCAUCAUUGUGGCUGUUCAGCAGCUGGAGCGUUAUCCUGUGGAUCUUUACUACCUGGUGGAUGUUUCAGCAUCUAUGCAGGAAAAUCUUGAUCAUUUGAAGACGGUGGGAGUGGCUCUGUCGCUAAGGAUGUCAGAGCAUUCCUCAGACCUUUGGCUUGGUUUCGGCUCGUUCGUGGACAAACCUGUCUCCCCCUACAUCAAUGUCCACCCCUCCAAGAUUAACAACCCCUGCAGUGAUUAUGAGAUCCGCUGUCGCCCAGCUCACGGCUACCACCACGUCUUAAGUAUGACCAAAAAUAUGAGCGAGUUCACUCGAGUGAUCAAACGUCAGCGCAUCUCAGGAAACAUGGACACACCGGAGGGAGGACUGGAUGCUAUGCUGCAGGCUGCUGUCUGCAAGAAAGCAGUGGGUUGGCGACCAGAGGCCAAGCGUCUGUUGCUGCUGAUGACCGACCAGCCGUCUCACCUCGCCCUGGACAGCCGCCUCGCAGGGAUUGUGACGCCACAUGACGGGCUGUGUCACCUGGAAAACAACGUCUACACCGGCAGCACAAGGAUGGACCAUCCCAGUGUGGGUCAACUGUCUGAUAAGCUGCUGGAAAACCACAUCUACUCCCUGUUUGCUGUGGAGAAGCAGCAGUACCAGUGGUACGAGGAGUUGGUGCGCCUGCUGCCUGGCUCAUAUCUGGGAAAGUUAGGCCUCUUCCAGGCUCCAAACCUUAUAGAGCUGGUGGUAGAUGCAUACAAGAGGUUGUUGUCGGAGGUGGCAGUGUCUGUGUCAGUGGAGGAUAAGGCAGUCAGCAGGUACUGGGUGUCUGUAUCUCCCAUAUGUCCUGAUGGAGCCACUGCUAACAACCAGAGUUGCCUCGGGGUGCAGCCCAACCAGACGGUCUACUUUAAUAUUACGAUCGGCCUAUACUCAUGUCCUGCUGAUGUGGAAGAAGAAGAAGUAACCGUUGUGAUUCGCCCUGUGGGUUACAAUGAAUCCACCGUUGUAAGAAUCAAAGCUACUUGUGGCUGCAGUUGUGGACAAACAAAGCGCUGCAAUGAUGACAGCCAAUCAGCAUGUAGCGGCGCACAAGACGGGCUCAAUCAAGCUCAGCAACUGGAUCAUGGACCAAUUAAGAACUCAAACAGAGAUUCAAACUGGAAAUGCAGAGCUGAGGGGUCUGAUGUGGACUGCAGUGGGCGAGGAUUGUGUGAGUGUGGGAGGUGUGUUUGUGAGCAGAGCCGACUUGGGACAGUUUACGGGAAAUACUGUGAGAAAGACGAUUACUCCUGCACGUAUGGAGGAGGGCUGCUGUGUGGAGGCCGAGGUGUAUGUGUGUCAGGUGAGUGUGUGUGCGAUGAUGGCUGGACAGGCGAAAGCUGCGGUUGUCCCGUCUCCACAGCGACCUGCCAAUCAGCCAACGGUUUAAUUUGCAGCGGACAGGGAAGAUGUGUGUGUGGCGUUUGUGUGUGCGACUACCUCCAACACUCUGGAGACUUCUGUGAGAGACGUCUUGCACACCAAAGCACCUGCCAAUCAUACUGGAACUGUGUUGACUGCCAUGUGUCUCACAGUUUCACACAAGAAGAGGCAGGACAUUGCAAUAACAGCUGUAGCCACUCUGUAGGCUACAUGGACAACAAAUCAGGCAAACAACGAGAGGAGCCUGGUGUUCAGUGUUUGUACAUCAGUAAACACAGAUGCCGCUAUCAGUUUCUAACAAGCUCACAGUCUGGUCAGACCCAGCUCUACAUUAACACAAGACCAGAGUGUGCCAGCAGUGGGCGACUGGUGGGGACAUUCCUGAGUGUGUGUGCUCUGACGGUGCUGUGCGGGCUGGUUGUGGUGGCUGUUUCCCGGCUGCUUCUGCAAACCAGAGGAAGGUCAGCAGGCGGCGCUCCUGAGGACGGAGGCUACCUCUGCACCGGAAAGGACAUGUCAUACAUCCCUACAACCAAUGAGAAGACAGUUACUUACAGGAGGGACCGCCCCAUUGACCGCCCCUUGGAGAUGCACAUCCAGGUUCCCAAGAUGCCCCUUGGUGACCCCUGGCAGUACUAGGCCAAAGACAGAAGAUACAUUUAGAAGGAGUCACAACUAAAGGCAUCUUCUCUGCUCUUCAACCUUCAAAAAAAAAAAAACGACCAGCUGUAUGUGGAGAUUCUGAAAGUGGUAAACUUAACUAUGAAACCUCCACGGGAUCAUAUUUAUAAAAUGAAAACUCUUAUAUAGAUUGUGUGACAAAUGUGGCCAGUAUCCAGGAGAUCAAGAUGAAACUAAGAGCACAAGUCCCAGACCUCUUCUUCCUCUGUAGCAGCAGGCAGGCUGCUCCGUCUUCAACAGGGUAAAGGGUGAUCCCUACUCGCUUUUCUUUUCUUUUUUGCCAUGUGGCAACUAAUGGUCUAAUUUAAGAGCGGAUAAGAGAGUGUGUGAAUGACUGAGUGUCUGUGUUGCAGGUAGAUGCAUGUGUGCUCCAUCUUUGCUUUCUAUUUAUGAUUUUAUGGUUUAAAAACACUACAUGCUUUAGGUGUAUGGGAUUUUGUGACACUCCAACAUUCUAUAUUCUUGUCUCAGUCUGCCCCCUUGUGGUAAAUUUGAGGUAACACGUUUUUUUCCUGAAAUAACAGAGUCUGCACUUCUCUCUGCUGUUCCUUUGGAUUAUCUCAUGAAACACUCCAAUGACUCUUGAUUUUUUUUACUUUAGUUAGAUUUUCUUUGUCUUUGUUGGGCUACUUUGUCUUGUUGUGCUUUUAAAUGUGACAUUUCAGUUUUGUUAACGGUUCAAUUUCAUUGCAAACUAGUGUUAAUAUAUAUCAUUUAUUUUGUCAUGAUUUUUGAAAAUGUAGUUUCAUAUGAUUGCCAGUUGUUGAUAAUCUGGUUAGACUUGCACUUGAACAUUUCUGCUGCAUUAUACUACUGAUAACUGCGGGUCUGUAUGAGCAGGAGAGCUGCAAUUGUGGGUUCGAAAUGGUUGGUUUGCUAUAUGUUGGGCAUUAUAAGGCAUAUAAAGCUAAUGUAACAAAUCCACAACACUGGAAUUACAAUGGGCUGAAAACUGGAAACUGCAUCAACCAACAACUCUAUAUGAAGCCUCUGCAACAGAACCAGAACUGCCUGCAUGCAACUGCUGAUCACCCCAGGGCCAUAAUGGAUACAGAACAUUUCUGGUACAAACAAAGGUACAAACUUGCUCUUUCUGAGAUCAGAGGUUAAAUCGCAUCCCUCAUGCACAAGAUCGUCUGCCUCCAAAGUUAAAGUUUCAUGGCAUUUUGAGAGAUGUAUACUUACGCCAUCCUGUUCCUCUUUUGAUCUUUAGUUAACACAAUGUUGUUUAUGACAAUACCUGCUCUCUUUUACUGUAAGCCAGGAACACUAAUUCAUAUUUAUUUUGAUUUUCUUUUGUUCUUUUUAUUUAUGUUAAUUGUACUAGUUUAUGUUUGACAACAGGAGUUAUAGCUGUUAUGGUUAUAGAAGAGUGCUCUCUAUCUCUAACCAUGAGGAUCAUUCAGCAAUAAGUGAAUUAUCUCAUCUCAGACAGUCUGGAAUAACAACAGCACUUUUUCUCUGUAGUUCUGCUGUCAAUCAAUGUGAAUAGUUGUGUAGCAUUAAUGUUGUCUAACAAUAAAAAUUUGCAAGAUUUUUUGCUUUUUUUUUAAA